GCACCUGGACGUCCUGGCCCACCGGGACAACCAGGACCACCAGGAGGACCCGGUAACGAUGGAAAAGCUGGCCCACAAGGUCCACCCGGAAUGGCUGGACCACCUGGGCAGCCAGGACAGAAUGGACAACCUGGACCACCUGGACCUAAUGGAGAGAAUGGAGCACCCGGAUCAUGCGAGCAUUGUCCUCCAGCAAGACUUGCCCCUGGUUAUU